CGAGGGCGAGUUAGUGCUUCCGUUACUCCGAGGGUAAAGAAAGGAGGAGGGAUUUGACCGGAGCAGUGUGUCUGCUGUGAGUUCACAAGCGGAACAGCGCCAACUCCUCUGCUGCGCACAGUCUGGACACAACUCCCGCCACCUUUAAAAAACUGCAAGGUUUUAUUUUCUGCGCUCUGCUUUUUACAGUGUUCUUGUCCUCUUAGUCCCCGGCGGCGCGCUCUUCGGCUCGCCGGCUUUUUGCGCACGGACGCGUGUCCAAAUUCCGCCACUGGUCACCGCUGCGCUGCGCUGCGCUCCUUUCACUCAGCUUAGCUACUCCCGAGCAUUAGUUGCAGCUCAAAAAUAUUUAUCUCUCUUUAAUUUUGUUUCUUUUUUGUCGCUGGACUAAAGAGCUGUGAUAUUUUUUCUCAUGGGUAUUUAGUGUCGUGACACGCUUUCAGGAGUCGGCGCCUCCACAGAGAAAUGAUUUCUCACCGACCAACAUCCCAGAAGUUUAUCAGGCUGCCUGAGGCAUAGAUUAAUAUGUGCUCCCCGUGAGUUUGAAGAAAGCAAUCAAACCUCUUUGCACAAAGGAACUCUCUGCAUUUAUGGUUACAUGAAUGUCAGCGCUGAAGGCCAGAUGCCGGUGAUGGAAGAGCUUGUCAGUGAGAGUGACAGCAUGCCAAAGCGGAUGGCUCUCAUCUGCUUCCUGUCUCUGGUCAUGCUCAUGAGUGUCUUGGGAAACCUGCUGGUCAUGGUGGCCGUCUGCAAGGACAGACAACUCAGGAAAAUAAAGACCAACUAUUUCAUAGUGUCGCUGGCAUUUGCUGACUUGCUUGUGUCAGUGCUCGUGAUGCCAUUUGGUGCCAUUGAGCUGGUCCACCAGCACUGGAUCUACGGCGAGACUUUCUGCCUGGUUCGGACGUCGCUGGAUGUUCUUCUGACCACCGCAUCUAUACUGCACCUAUGCUGCAUCGCUUUAGACAGGUACUAUGCUAUUUGCUGCAAGCCCCUGGUCUAUCGGAACAAAAUGACACCCAUGCGAGUGGCUUUAAUGAUUGGUGGCUGCUGGGUCAUCCCCACUUUCAUCUCUUUCCUUCCCAUCAUGCAGGGCUGGAACAGCAUCGGCAUCGACCAACUGAUUAAGGAGAGGCGCCACAACGAAAGCAGCAACUCCACAUCUUGUGUUUUCAUGGUUAACAAACCAUACGCCCUCACCUGCUCUUCGGUGGCCUUCUACAUCCCUCUGGUCCUCAUGGUGCUGGCUUACCAGAGGAUCUACAUCACAGCUCGAGCCCACGCCCUGCAGAUCAGCAUGCUACAGAGAGCAGGUGGGGCUGGCGCUUGCACUCCUGGUACCUCAGGUUCCAGCCCAGGAGUGGGUGCGUCGUCAGAGUCUGCUGACCAUCAACGCAACCACCGUAUGCGGACAGAAACAAAAGCAGCAAAGACUCUAUGCAUCAUUAUGGGAUGUUUUUGCCUCUGUUGGGCUCCGUUUUUUGUCACCAAUGUGGUGGAUCCAUUUAUAGGCUAUACAGUUCCUGAACAGCUGUGGACCGCCUGCCUGUGGCUGGGUUACAUAAACUCCAUGCUGAACCCCAUUCUCUACGCCUUCCUCAACAAAUCCUUCCGCCGUGCCUUCCUCAUCAUCUUAUGUUGUGGGAGGAAGAGGUAUCGCAGGCCGUCCAUUAUGACAUCUGCCACUACUUGCACAGCCACACAGAUCAACGGUUCAACACAUGUACUCAAGUAUUCUGUUCUUCACAAUGGAAAUCACAAAGAGCAGAAGAAAAAGUCUCUGCACGCAAACAUUGGCUCCCGCGAGUCCUGCUUGUGACCAUCGCGACCUCACAGUCACAACUCCAAUGGCUUCGGCUCUCACAGUGUCACCGCAGUGCUGGAGGGAACACCGCAGCCUUCGCACAUCCAGAGCGGGACAGCAGACUGGGUCCAAGGAUGGACUGUAGUGAUCCAGAGGAAGACCAGGGCUUCACCACUGAAUAGAAAGCUCAGUCAAAACUCAACCUGCUGGUUAAUGUGUUAGUUUACUCAUCUACAGGACCGCAGAGACUGAGCUGGCCCAAACCAACUCUGCGUUCAUCUUGUAUCGUGUACAAGCAGCAACUGUGGUGUAGUGUGUGGGAGAAUCGCUCAGCUGAUGUGAUAAUUAACAGUGCUGGGGAGUCGUAAAAGUGAAGUACAUUGCCAAAGUGAUUUUCAUACAUAUACAGUGGACUUGUAUCUGAUCAUUAUAUGAUGCUCUCCGUUGUUUUAUAGUAACAAAUAAUCUGAAAGAUCAACUUUAGAUUUGAAGAGGUUGUUCCUUUAUAUAUGACCUUCUAGGUUGGGUGAAAUGAGCUUCAGAAGCAAGAAGAAAUAAGCUCAGACCAUUUUUUGUUGUUUUUGCUAAACAUCACUUAGACAUUACAUGUGUUAGACUUACCUGAAAAGAAACAGUUUUUCUCUGAGGUCAAAGCUCUCCAGCUUUGCUUAAUCCUCAAGAUAAAAGGAAAGCACAGCUUCCUAGACUAAAUUAAAUCCUUGACCUGAACUGUCCAAGUGCAUUAUCUUAAGGCUGCUUGCUCCCACUCGCGCGUUCAUCACUUCCUACACUCCAUCUGAAUGUUUUAGGUUUCACUGCAAUAAGUGAAGAGGACCACAGCCCAUGAAAGCUGCUCAUGAAUGAUUCAACAAAUUUUCGAAUGAUGUCCGAGCACUGUGUGCUUGUUCUUGUUGUGUGAUUACAUUUGAAGUUCCUUUGCUGGUUUGUUUGUCUCUUGAGAUGCUUGAGUGCGUUUCAGGUGUGCAUACACCUCCUUUAAUGUGAUCCAUGUGUAUGUAUGAGACUUUCCUUCUCCGUCGUCAAUGUGUUGCUCCAGCUAGCAUUUACUCCCCGGGUCUGUGCUCCUUGUGGAGGUUAAGAUAAGGAAUGUACUGGAGGACAAACUUCCAUGUCUUUUUUUUUUAAGAAAAUGGAAUGCUACGAGCAAAAUGUUUUCUUCAACUCCUAAUACAAAUUUGUCCUUUUUAAAAAAAAAAACAGUUGUAGGCUUUUUUUUCUUCUUGUUUUAUGUUUUACCACUUACUUUAUAAUGCCAUGGUUUUAGGGUGUUGUUUUUUUUUCUCCCAAAAGGUAAUUCAAAUGCAUAUGGAAGCAAUAUCUCACAACUUGUUCAGGCACUAUUUGCACCCAGUCGUUUCUGUGGCUUAAUUGCAGAAAAUUGUGGAUAAGCUUGCACAUCUCUAUACAUUUAGGUUUUCUAAAGAUAAGUUAUAAAUAGUUUUUUUUGUUUGUUUUUUUUACUAAAUCUACAACAUUAAUACCUUCUGAACAUUUGACACAUUUGGUUCUUUUACAAACACAAAGACCUCAGUUAAUUACAUUUACAUGUAGAAUUUAAGUCCUUUUUCAAAUGCAUAUUUGCAAACUAUUAAAAAAAAGAACACAUACCAGAGUCUGCGCACUUAGUAUGCACAACUUUCCCUUGCUUUUUUAUUAUAAAUUCUAAUUAUGCUGUGUGUGACCAAUAUGACAAAUUGUGAAAACUUCAACGGUAAGAAAGCAUUUUAAAGUUCCCUCCUGUACAUUUGGCUCUUUAGAAAACAUGGAAAUAAUUAGUUGUUGUACAUUAUUUGUGAAGGAAUGCGGAACCAUCCAUCCAUUUUCCGUCACGCUUAUCCCAAGCAGGAUCGUGGGGGGUGCUGGUGCCUAUCUGCAUCUAUCUACGGGCGAGAGGCAGGAUACACCCUGGACAGGUCGCCAGUCCAUGACAGCACUGCGGAACCGUUGAUGGGAAAAUGCUUUCUGAGUGGUUACCAACCACAGAGGCAGUCGUUUAGAGGAGCUUAGAAAUGCAUCAAUGUAGUAGGAAGACGACGAAGAGUAUUAAGAAGAAGGAAGAAUAAACUUUUUUCUGCAAAAUA